AUGGAGGAGGCAGGAGGCCAGGGACCAAGGCCUCGGGUGGUGACCGGAGGACGGGCCAAGACGCAGCCAGCAUUCACAGUCCUCUUCACGCUGCUCUUUGUCCUGCUGUGUAUCCUGGGCCUCCUGGCCAAUGGCUUCAUUGUGCUGGUGCUGAGCAGAGAAUGGGUGCGACGUGGGAGGCUGCCCCCCUCUGACCUGAUCCUCUUCAGCUUGGGACUCUCCCGCUUCUGCCUGCAGUGGGUUGGAAUGGGGAAUAACGUCUACUAUUUCCUGCAUCUGGUCGACUACUGCAGCGGUCCCGCGCAGUUCUUCGGUCUACACUGGGACUUCCUCAACUCCGUCACCUCCUGGUUUGGCUCCUGGCUCAGCCUCCUCUUCUACAUGAAGAUUGCUAACUUCACCCGCCCCUCCUUCCUCUGGCUAAAGUGGAGGUUCCCCACGUCGGUGCCCUGGCUUCUGCUGGGCUCUCUCCUCCCCUCCUUCAUUGUCACCCUACUGCUUUUUGGGGGGAACCGCACUUUGUAUAAAGGGUCCUUCACUAGAAAACCUUUUGGGAACAUGAUGCAUCAGUGGAGCAGGAUUCUGAAAAUGUACUAUUUCCUGCCCCUGAAACUGAUCACUCUUUCAAUUCCUGGCUCUGUUUUUCUGGUCUCAAUUGCUCUGUUGAUUGACUCUCUGAGGAGACGCACAUGGAGGAUGCAGCACAGUGCUCACAGCCUGCAGGAUCCCAGCGGCCAGGCUCACACCAGAACUCUGAAGUCACUAGUCUCCUUCCUUGUUCUUUAUACUCUGUCUUUCAUGUCCCUGAUCAUCGAUGCUGCAGGGUUCUGCUCCUCAGAGAGUGACUGGUACCGGCCAUGGCAAAUUUUAAUCUACUCGUGCACAUCCAUCCAUCCCUUUAUCCUCAUCCUUGGCAACCUCAGGCUUCGGGGGGUGUUCGGGCAGCUGAUUUUGUUGGCCAGGGGCUUCUGGGCAGCCGACGUGGUGUGA